AUGCCUUACAAGAAGCGUAGCCGUUCAGACGAGUAUGUUGCAUCAUCGCAGGACAGGGAGACUAACAACGAUCAGAACGUGGAGCCCAUGACGGCUAAGUCAAAUAAGAGAACUAAGGCUCCGAGAAAGGUCACUCAUAAGGCUGUGAAAAUAGUUAAUGUGGCCUAUGCGGAAGCCAAUGAGAGAGGCGAGAAGAUCCCCAUAACGAAGCUCGAACGUCAUAAGAAGGGUAAGGAUGACUUCACAGCGAUAGCGUGGAACGUGGACUCGCUUCGGGCUCUUCUCAACCAUAAUGUACAAGAGCUUAUCGACUUGUGUAAGGAGGAACAGCCUAACGUUAUUGGAUUUAUGAACAUACGACUGUCCGAUGAGGAAAUGUGUGAGCAGUGCGACCAGCUCCUCAGAGCAGCAGUUGAGAAUAUUCUGGGCCCUGUGGAGACUGUAUGGAAUCGUUGUACAGCCAAGAAGGGCUAUUCUGGUACUGCGAUGAUUGUUCGGAAGAGCGUCGGGAAGUUCGACAGCAAACUGGGUAUCAGUGAUCACGCGGAUCCUGAAGGGCGAACAAUAACGUUGGAGUUCGACGAUAUGGUAGUGGUUUUAUGCUACGUCCCGAAUUCAGGACAUGGCUUGUAUAGGCUUGCAUAUCGAACCUCUGGGAGGAGAUGCUUCGAUGCUGAACUGGCUGAGUACUGCAAGAGUUUCGAUAAGCCAACCUUGCUGUUGGGGGAUAUGAACGUGGCUGAUCGUGAUGUGGACAUUUGGAAUGUCGACAAGCCUUACAUUCCUAAGAAAUCUGGUACUGCUAUGUGGAGGAGUCAUCCUGAGAUCACUCGUACGACUGUUUUAAUGGUAAAUGAAUAG